GUAGAACAGAAAAGUCGGGUUCGGGAAACAGCUUGUGGAUCGAAGAAAAUUUUGUCAGGCUCCAAGAGUGAGAUAAGAAAGAGAUGGCUUCUAAAAAGAAGAGAGUUGAAGAUUUGGACACAUCUGAGCAGAUGUCGGACCAGAGUGACGGAGAAGACAUGGAGGACCAAGCGGAAAUGGAAGUUAACGAAGAAAUCCAGGUUGAUUUUGAAGCACGGAUACCAGAGGGAAGUGACUUCCAUGGGAUUCGAACUCUUCUUCAGCAGUUGUUUUUGAAAGCCAACAUCGACCUGUCAGCUCUCGCAGACAUCAUUAUUUCUCAAGGACAAGUGGGCAGCGUAGUGAAGCAAUCUUACGUCCCUGAGGAAGAUGAUGAUGAUGAAGAGAUGGCAGAAGAUGAUCCUGUUCUUGCUGUUACCUCCGUUAUCAACAUCACCGACAAAAAGGACCUGGAGUGUGUGAAGCAAGUACGCAGCAUGUUGAUUGACCAGUGUCAGAAGUGUGGAGGGGACCCAAAAUUCAGCAAGGUCCUAAAUGACAGUGACCACCACGUGGGCCUGCUGGUCAGUGAGCGAUACAUCAACAUCCCCCCACAGUUAUCUGUGCCUAUGUUUGACUCCUUACUAAAAGAAGUGGAGAAAUGCCAAGCUAAACAGAUGAAGUACGACUUUGCCUAUUACAUCCUUCUUUGUAAGACGUACCGACAGAAGGGCCAGAAAAAUAGUCCCCUAUUCUUCACGAACGCAGAGGAGGAAUAUCUACAAGAGGUGAGUGAGGCGCUGUUCCAGUAUUCGGUACAGACGGAGAGAGACACGGUUGUGACCGGUACGUGGGAUGCUGAGGACCAGUUCGAGGCAUUUAGGACGGUGCUAUUGAUCCCUGCAGACAAAAUCAAGCAAGGACUGGACAAAAUAAAAUCAGAGCUGGCCACGACCUGAUGAUCAGCAAUAAAUGUUUAAUAUAA